AUGCUACCACCACCCCCAGCAUCACGCAAAUCAUCGUACAUCUUCUCUCAUCCGCAUCAAUCAACGUCCGGGUUUGGUCCCACUUCUUCACCUAUCAAAUCUACUCAUGCGAGAUUACCUUCGUUCCGAACUGCAGCUGAGAAUGUCCUAGGACUGGAUCACGAAGACGAUUCAUUGAACAGUGAAGAGGAGGAAGAAGGGGCAGACAAUGAUGGGAGGGAAAGAGGGUUGGAAGAGACAUUGGAGAAGAUCGGGUUUGGUGCAUACCAUUGGAAAUUACUCGCUCUGUGUGGGUUCGGUUGGAUGUCUGAUAAUUCGGCAUUACAAUGUAUAGCGGUGAUAUUACCCCGUGUUCAAGUCCAUUUCGACCUCUCCUCAAAGGUUGUAGGUCUACUUUCGGCAUCGACCAUGGCAGGUAUGAUGAUAGGUGCAGUAGCAUGGGGUGUAAUAUCAGACUUACUAGGUCGAUCAUUACCUUUCAACGCUACGUUGUUCCUCACAGCUGUAUUUGGUAUAGCAGCUAGUUUCAGUCCUAAUUUCGGGGUGUUGUGCAUUUGGAUGUUCCUGUUGGGUAGUGCAGUAGGGGGCUCGAUGCCAACUGACGGAACUCUCUUCCUCGAGAACCUCCCUCACAGCAAACAAUACCUCCUUACCCUGUUAUCAGUCUUCUUCUCUCUUGGAGCAGUGCUCAGCUCAGUAGUAAGCCUGGUCUUCUUACCUGGACAUAGCUGUAAGACGUAUGAAGGGUGUGAUAUACCAAACGGAGCGAACGAAGGUUGGAGGAGGGUCAUGUUUGUGUUGGGUUUGUUCAAUUUGGCAUGUGCAUUUGCUCGAUGGUUUCUCUUCCGCCUUCAAGAAUCUCCCCGAUACCUCAUUUCCAACGGACGUGAAUCAGAAGCUAUCAUAGCCCUUCAAGCUAUCGCCACUUUCAAUUCCAAUUCUAUGGACAUACAACGUGCGGAUGUUCAAACUGCAAACGAACAGAUAUGUAUGAACGGGGAACGAACCGAAGAUGAUAAGUCAAUUGAGGAUCAGGAGAUAGAGGGAUUACCUAGAUGGAAUAAUCAACUUGAAUUUGAUAAUGAACAUGGGAAAUAUGGUGGAUUGGGAAUGGGUAAAGCGUCUGGAUCCGGAUCAGGAUUGAAUAGAAAAGAACCAUUAAGGAUGGGAUCGGAUUUCUAUGAUACGUCAGCUUCGACCCCUGGAUUGAUAGAAAAUGAAAAUAGAUUUGAAAAUUCUUUUUCCAACGCCAAUAUAUCCGAAGAAAGGGAAAUUCUCUUCGAUUCUAAUGGUAACAACGACCCACAAGAAGGGGAAGAGAAGAAAUAUAAGAAUACGAAUGAUGAUGAUAAUGAUGAAUUUGACAAAUGGCAUGAGAAACCUCUAGUAUGGUGGAGAUCAUGGUUGAAACAGAUGAAUAAACUAUUCGUGCCGCAGUGGAGAAAGACGGUCAUACUCAUGUGGAUCAUUUGGGGUGCGAUAAGUUUUGGAUACACGAUGUUCAACGUAUGGUUACCUUCUGUAUUGGAAAGUAAAGCUACGGGUGAAGGAGACGAAGCGAUCAAAGAAGCUUUGAACGAUUACGUCUUGUAUUCUCUGGCCGGAUGUCCAGGCUCGAUUAUCGGAGCAUGGAUGAUCCAAACUUGGCUCGGCCGUCGUAAAUCCCUUGCGAUCUGCACUCUCGCCACGGGUCUAUCAACUUUUGCAUUCAUAAAUGUCGAAGCCAAAUGGGCUGUGGUAGUUAGCUCAAUGAUCAUUUCGGCGGCUGCUACAGCCAUGUAUGCUGUCUUGUAUGGAAUGACACCCGAAACGUUCGGUACGAGUAUACGAGGAACUGCGUGUGGUACUUCUGCAGCUCUGAGUAGAUUUACCGGCGUGAUGGCACCUGUAUCAGCGGGAUUCUUAUUAACCAUAUCUCCCUCUUUGCCUGUAUUUGUCUCUGCAGCUAUAUUCGUUGGAACUGCCGGAUGUGCACUGGCAUUGCCUUUUGAGAGGCUUGGAGGGGGUGGGAAAGGUGGUGCGUUGAUGCAUUAG